AAUCAUUCAUCUGGCCAUUUUUUCAAUCAUAGUUCAAUUGAUUAAGAAUUUACUUGGGCACAUUCAAAUUUGAAGAUUUUAUUUUCAAUAUAAUACUGUUGUCAUGAUGACAACGACGGACAAGUGGUGUUGGCCGCGAUAAAUGUUUGACGAUCACGACAUUCAUUCGUUCCAUGGAGGAUCGGACACAAAUCCGAACGGAAAGGAUAUUUGUCAACAAAAUUUCAAAUCGAACCUGUUUAUAGUGAAUAGAAAUGAUGAUCACAUUUCAUAGAAUUCAUCAACGAAUUGUUGAAAUGUUCGAAUUACAAUUAAUGUUAUUAUUCUUGAUCGAUACUGGGCCUAUUGAUCGAACGGCAGCAUCUUAUGAUUUAGAUGAUUCAACAAUAUCGUUAUCAUGGCCUUCCCCUUUUUUUUCGGACACUGCAGCCAAAUCAUUGACUGAUAAUCGUCGUUACUUAAAAUAUCAUAAUCUUUAUAAUGGUCGCGAUCAUCAUCACUUACAUCGACAGCAGAUAAUAGGUAGAUCUGUAUCAUCCAUAACGAAUGAUUCAACAGUUAUAAUAACUUCACCUCCAAAAUCAAAUCAAAUGUUUGCUGCUUCAAGUGAUUCCAAUAUUAUCAACAAAACGGUUACAGAUGAACAUUUCUUGCCACUGGCAGAUUCAUUUGUCAAUGUUCGUCCACAACAACAUAUUGGUUGUCCGCCUACAGAACUUGUCCGUCCCUGCAAAUGUCUUGAACAUCAUAAUGAUUUAUUCUUUCGAACAUUAUUGCGAUGUAAUGGGUCGGAUUUUAAAUAUGAACGUAGAUUUGAAAACAUAUUAUUACGUUUAAGUAAACGUUUAGGCAAUCGUCACUCAAAAUAUUUUGAUUGGUUACAUCUAACCAAUAUGGAUGCUGUUCGUAAAAUAACCAAGCAUUUUUUCGCCGAUAUUCGUUUUCGACAUUUAAUCAUCGAAGAUGCUCCACAAUUGAAACAUCUUCAUCCGGCUUCAUUUAAAUUGGUCACAAAUUCAUUAAAAUAUUUUUAUGCCUACAAUACUGGAUUGGAACCAUAUCGAACUCAACCAAUGAAAGCACCAUUAGGAUUGAUGCGAAAUCUUACAGAAGUACAUAUUGCCUCUCGUAAGAAUAUUUGUCCUCCUAAAGAAAUUAUUUUUCCAUGUGAAUGUAAUGUACGAAAAGAUCAAUUAAUGCCAUUCGGGAUUGAUCGACAACUAUUGCAAAUUCGUUGUAUCAAUCAACGUGGAAUUGUUUACAAUGUGACCAAUAUAUUUAAUCGUUUGCAAAAAUUAGUUGCGAUGAAAGCACUGAAUGAAAGCAGUUCAUCAAAAAAACAUCAUCCACGAUGGUAUUUUGAUGAGGUCAUCCUACGAAACGUGACUGAAUUAGCACUUAAUUCAUUCGGUGAUGUAGCAAUAUCCGAAUUACAUAUUGAACAGGCAUCUCGACUUCGUUAUAUUUCUCGACAUGCAUUUCCUGCAAAUUCUACAAUGCAAAAGCUGCGAAUAUCAGGUGCGAAUUUCGCUAAUGAUCGAUUACCCGAAACUUUCGAAGCUAUUAAUAGCCUUAAAUAUCUUCGUAGUCUUUUUGUUUGGUCUUGUACCGUCGAAUAUAUUCCUGAAAUGGCGUUCGCUCAAAAUCAAUUUUAUUUAAAAGAAAUUGUUUUAUACGGUAACAACAUUAAAGCAAUAGGAUCAUUUGCAUUUGUUAAUCUACCUAAUUUGGAAGACUUACGAAUCGAUGGCAACAACAUUAUUUUAGUAGACAAAUAUGCAUUUGCUACCAAUUACACAAGUUUUCAUCCAUUACGUUUAACAAUGGUGGCUAACAAUUUGAAUGAGAAUAGUUUUGCAUUUAUGGCCAUGAAUGGUGCCCAACGUCCUGUUCAUUUAUCAUUCGCUGAAAUCGGUGGUUGCUAUUGGAAUAUGAAAUAUUUGGAUGAACAAAUAUUUGCACCAUUUUUGGAUAAAUCAACCAAUCGUGUAUACCUUGAACCAGAAUGUGAAUUUCGUUGUAAUGAUUGCCGUAUGAAAUGGUUGAUCGAAAUUCCGAAACAUGCUCAGAAAAGAAUAACAUUGUUGGCCGAAUCCAAUUACCGAAAUAUUUACAAUGUAACCAAUGAAGGUUAUGUACCAUGCGAGAAUGGCGCCAAUCUUUAUGAUAAUCUAAAUCAUUGGAUCAAUGAAUGGAACAAUUGUCCAUAAUAUAAUGAAAAAAAUUUUAUAAUGCAUCAAUGCGAUUGAUG